AUGAAGACCAACGCCAUUAUCUCUCUGCUCGGUCUUUCCGGUAGCGCUCUGAGCGCUGCUGUGUCCAAGGGCUCCCAGGAGCCCUUCGGGUACAAAUCCGGCUCAAAGGAGUCCAUUGCCAACAUGAAGGACAAGAUUGAGAACGUUGUCUGGAUCCUGCUGGAGAACCGCGGAUUUGACAACAUCCUGGGUGGUGUGAAGAAGCAUGGCCUUGACAACGUUGUCAACAAUGGUCCCUUCUGGAACCCCGAGAAUGUCAAUGACACCAACAGCAAGAAGUGGUACAGCCAGUACAAGGACUAUGACUCUGUGCUCCAUGACCCUGAUCACUCAGUUACCGGUGUCAACUUCGAGAUGUAUGGUACUUACCACCCCGACAACGAGGCAAUUGCCAAUGGUUCUUUGACUCCCAACCUCGAGGGCUUUGUCAACCGCCAGAUGGCGGCCUACCCCAGUAUCUCUGCCCAGCGGGCCACCGAUGAGGUGAUGGGAUACUACUCCGAGGAUGAGAUUCCUACUCUCGUUGACUUGGUUGAUGAGUUCACUACCUUCAACUACUGGCACUCUUGUAUGCCGGGUCCUACCAACCCCAACCGUCUCUGUGCUGUCGCAGGUGUUACUGAUGGCCACGGCUCCAACGACGAGAGCUUCGAUGUGUCUGGCAUUGAGACCAGCAGCAUCUUCCAAGUCGCCAGCGAGAAGGGUAUCUCGUGGCGCAACUACGAUGGCACUAACGGUGACUUCCUGCCGGACUCCAUGUUCUUCAACUGGACCGCAAAGAACGCCCCGAGCAACGUUGUGCCCCUCGAGAACUUCUACCAGGAUGCGUACCUCGGCAUCCUCCCCCAGCUCUCCUACAUUAACCCCUCCUGCUGCGGCCUCAACACCAACUCCAUGCACCCCUCCGGCAACGUCUCCUUCGGCCAAGUCCUCCUGAAGCAAGUCUACGAUGCUGUCCGCACCGGUCCCCAGUGGGACAAGACCCUCCUCCUGAUCACUUUCGAUGAGACAGGUGGAUUCUUCGACCACGUCGCUCCCCCUCUUGCCGUCCGCCCCGACGACAAGACCUACACUGAGACCGCCAAGGACGGCAAGCCCUACACUCUCAACUUUGAUCGUCUUGGUGGCCGUAUGCCCACUUGGCUCGUCUCCCCCUAUGCUCCCCGUGGCCAUGUUGAGAACUACGGUACCGAUCCCGUUACUGGAAAGUCUUCUUCUUACAGUGCUACCUCUGUCCUGAAGACUCUUGGUUACUUGUGGGACUUGGAGGAUAUGAGCCCUCGUGUCCAGCACUCGCCUGCCUUUGAUCACCUUAUUGGUCCUAAGGCUCGUUCUAACUCCCCCAGUGUUCUUAAGAACCCUCAUGUUUUCCCUGAUGCUAUUUAG